CAUCUGUUCAAAUAAGAAGAUAUAACAAUCUCCCAGAAAAAAUUGUGCCAUGUUUGCCAAAAUUCACACAAGGCAGGAUUCAAGGAGAAGAACUUGCCAAACUGUUUGGAACUUUAUCACAGAGCUCCCUUACAUCACAAAAACAUGGUUACAGCAUGAAGACAACACAGAAAUCACUAGACGCUGGAUCCUCUCCUCCAGUCAAACAGCUGCUUGAUGAACCAGAGACUAUCACCACCAUAAAAACUGGGUAUGGAGAACUUUACGAUGUGGCCUGUCAGAGUGAUGAAGGAAUCUGGACAAGAGGAGAUGACAGCACCAUGAAACUCUACAGCAUCAAUCAGGGAUCACUACUCAAGUCAAUCACAACCAAGUCAGGGAACAUACCAUAUAACAUAGCAGUGACAAACAGUGGAGAUCUAGUUUAUAUUGAGUACAGUGAUAGAACUGUGAAAAUUGUGAAGAAUGAGAAAAUAGAGGAGGUGAUCAGACUACAGAACUGGAUACCUGACGGUGUCUGUAGUACCUCCUCUGGAGACCUCUUGGUUAUCAUGUACAGUGAUGAUAAAAAACAAACAAAAGUUGUCCGUUACUCUGGCUCCACAGAGAAACAAACUAUUCAGUUUGAUGAUAAACGUAAAUCUCUCUAUUCAUCUGAUUCUGAUUACAUAACUGAGAACAGGAACCUGGAUAUCUGUGUGUCUGAUAGUGGAGCUAAUGCUGUAGUGGUGGUCAAUCAGGCCGGGAAACUGAGAUUCAGGUACACCGGACAUACUCCUGCUCCAAAGAACAGACCAUUCUAUCCACUAGGAAUCACCACAGACAGUCAGAGUCACAUCCUUACAGCUGAUUAUAACAAUGACUGUGUCCACAUCAUAGACCAGGAUGGACAGUUCCUCCGUUACAUAGACUGUGGACUUAAUAAUCCGAUAGGACUAUGUACAGACACAUAUGACAAUCUGUUUGUUACUGAAUAUAACAGAGGUCAAGUGAAAAAAAUUAAAUUUCUGCAGUGAAAAACUUAGAAACAGUUUGAUCAUUCCUAUGGACAUAAAAUUUUACAGUGAGGCUAAACUUUCAAAUAGACCAUGAAAAAUUUUAAGACAUACAUGAAUUGUGUGUUUAUGUUUGUGCACAUUGUAUAAUCGACAAUG